CCAAUCAAAUUGCAUCGCUGAUUUAGACAAAAUUUGAAAGCGCCAAGGUAGUGCAAGGAGAUUGUUUAUGCACGAAAAAAUGCUCAUAUUACGUUAGGAAAAGGCAAAACUUCUGUCAAUCAAACACUUAAAAAAGAUUUCCAUCAAGGAUAAAUUGGUGAGUACUUUGUGUUAACUUUUGAGAAUGUUGCCAGUUCGAAGAACACGGCCUGUGGCUGGUGGGGAAAACACCAGGAAAACGAAACCAGGAACAAUAACUGCCGCAAAAGGGCCAGGCACAACUGCAGGCAAGAGGCAGGGAGACAUGUUGCAGGAUCCAUCACAAAAGAGACGUGCUGCAUUUGGUGACAUUACCAAUGCACUGAACGACAAAGCGAACAUCCGAGUUGCCCUGAAGAAGUCCAAGCUUCCUACAACACAGCUGCUGAAGCCUGCGGAGAAACCCAGCAAGGAUGGCAGCAAGGCAUCCAAGAGGAAGGAACAGACCAAGAAGGCGUCGUCCAGUGAGAAUCUAACAGAGGAGAGCACGCUGUCACUUGUGAGCUCACAGGACUCCAACAGCAGCAGCAGUGGCUCGAGUUCCUCCCAGGAGUCUCUGGUGUCUGCUGCCGAUCUCAGCUGUCAGGGUGUGGAGAAUCUGGUGCAGGUGGAGGAUGAAACCCAGGAACAAACAAAGCCAGCAGAUGUAGAUGACGUGGACACAGAGAACCUUGGGGACCCAGUACAGGUGGCAUUGUAUGCGUUUGACAUAUUCAAAUACUACAAGGAGAGAGAGACCCAGUUCACCAUAGACAACUACAUGUCGACCCAGAAGCACCUGACGUCCAGCAUGCGUGCCAUCCUGGUGGACUGGCUGGUGGAGGUGCAGGAAAACUUUGAGCUCAACCACGAGACCCUCUACCUGGCCGUCAAGCUGGUGGACAUGUACGUGAGCAGGGUCCACACGCCCAAGGAGGCACUGCAGCUUGUCGGGGCUGUGGCCCUCUUCAUUGCCGCCAAGUUUGACGAGCGGUGUCCCCCGCUGGUGGAAGACUUCCUGUACAUCUGUGAUGACGCCUACAAGCGCAAGGAGUUCCUCGACAUGGAGCGCUGCCUCCUCAAGGCCAUAGGCUUCGACAUCGGCAUGCCUCUCUCGUACCGCUUCCUAAGGAGAUAUGCAAAGUGCGCCCGCUCCAGUAUGGAGACCCUGACCCUGGGCCGCUACAUCCUCGAGAUGUCCCUCAUGGAGUACGACUUCAUACAGCGUCGAGACUCAGAGAUGGCUGCCGCCAGCCUACUGCUGGCACUGAGAAUGAAGAACUGUGGAGAAUGGACAAAGACCAUGGUGUACUACACGGGCUAUGAGGAGAGUGAGCUGCUACCCCUGGCCCAGCGCCUCAACAGCUACAUUAGGAACCCACCCAAACAGCUCACAACCAUACGCUCCAAAUACUCACACAAAGUGUUCUAUGAGGUUGCUAAGAUCCCCCCUCUGUCAGACAGCCAGCUCGUAUGAUCAUGAGAGAUGAAAUGUUGGCCCAGUCUUCCCAGUCUUUCAGCCACAUGAAUGUGUUUUCCCUUAUAUUAUGUGUUCAGUAAUCAUGUCGUAGUCUUAUGGCAGCAAUCAUGGCAUUUAUAAGCUUUGUUUGUACCAAAUUUUACCUGUUCGUUUUGAGCAAAUGUAGUAGGCAAGCCUCAAAAUGCAUGUUUAAAUCUGACCCUACAUUCCUUGCUUUCGAAAAAAUUUACCAUGAAAUCUUCAACAUUGUCAUAUUUUUAAUAUAAAAAAAAUUGUUAAAUUGAUUGUCCCAAAUUUCAUUUAGAUUCAAAUGAUGUUUCUACUUUAACAUAACACAUCGAAUAAUUAAUUUUACUAAAAUUUAAUAUGCAUUUAGGACUUUUGCAUGGUACAUUUUUGGGGAAAAACAAUAUUUUUUUGUGGAAGAGCAAUUUUAGCCUUAAUUGAACUGUAUUCAUACAACAGUUAUGAAGUCAGGGGUUUACAGUGUAUUUUACUUCUGAUACUGUAGGUGUACACUUUUCGAUGUUUUUAUUGCUGUGUAUAUUUUUAUAUUAAACAUUUUAUGCAUAUUUAAUGUACAUACCUCGUUUUACAUGAAAUGACACUUAUAAACUUCUCUUUUUCUUCAAAGUAUCAUUUGAGGGGAAAUAUAUUCUCUUUAGGAUGUAAGAAAGUAAAGUAUCAAGUAAAUAUAUUUAAAAUUGAGAGCUGUGUUAAUGUAGAUGACUUAGUUUUAAUGCAUUUAUAUCUUGAUUUUAUUGUCUCCAUUUUACAUUCAUCAUUUAGUUGUACAGUUUUAAAAUUAAUAGGCUAUGGUGUCUAGUGGUUUAUCAGAUUUUAGCUGUUGGUUUUAGCCAGAAUUUUUCAUCCAUGUAAUCGACAAGUUUUUGCAGUUUUCCAAAUGAUCUCUUUGACCAGUGUAUAUAAACACCCAUGUGUAGCUGGUACACAUCACACACCAGACGCCAUUAGACAUUCACAACUCACUGGAAUAAUUGUUGUUAGGAGUAUAUAUGAAACCAUCUACUUGUAUCAUUCAUUUUCCAUUAUCAUCCUCAUUUCAUAUCAUCGCUUUACAUCUCACAGUCUCUCAUUAACUUCUAAACUGUGAACAGUUAUUUUAUCUCCUGUUAUAUACAUGUAUUUCUUCAUUGAAUGUGUGUGCCUUUUAUACAAAAAUCAAACUUCAAAUAUCUAUAUACAUGCUUCUGAGGCCAAAAUAAAAACAGAAGUUAUGUAUCAUCUGGCAAAAAUCAGCAUAUCGUCCCUUUUUCCCUUGCAUAAUGGUGUAUUGAUUCAAUAUUUAAGUUCAUGUAAAAUGAAAACUGCUACAAAAUCCAAGGAAAAUAUCCUUAAAACUUCUAAACACUAAAUAAAACAAAAAAACAUACUUCUAACAUCGGAAAUUAGGCCCUGCAACUAGACACACAACCAUUGUUUGCCUAAUUGUAGUUACUGCUUUGUGUCUAUAUUUGUCGUUGCCUUGUGUACAUAACCUUGGUUAUCAGGCCCUUUCGGUGCAGCUGUCAAAUUAUUUAUUUAUUAACCGUAUGUUUAUGUUAAAGGAAUGUAAUUUCGUUUUUUAUUCUCGUGGAUUUGUAAAUACCUAAAUACACUUGGUUGUGAACUGUACAAUAUCUAUUAAUUGGAACAACCAAUAAAAUCGAGUUUAAUAUAGUACACAGAAUGUAGAAAUUAUUGGUCGUACAUUAUUUUUAACAAUGUGAGAAAUAAAGUAACCUUUGCAUUGUGUUUAAACUAGUCAUUAGAUACUUAACCAAAACAAAACAACAAUUGAUUUAUUUAAUAGACCAUGUUCAUGUGUGUCUGCACCUUUAAAUGUGUUUUAACAGUAUUGAUUCAUUUUGUCAUCUGUAUGUGUUUUCGUCCUCAUUAUCAUGUGCCAUCCUUGGUAAAAUAAAAAUAAAAUAACAAUGAUCUUUUUAUGCCCCUGGUAGGGUGGCAUAUAGCAGUUGAACUGUCCGUCUGUCUGUUCGUCCAUCCGAAAGCUUUAAAAUUGGCCAUAACUUUUGCAAUAUUGAAGAUAGCAACUUGAUAUUUGGCGUGCAUGUGUUUCUCAUGAAGCUGCACAUUUUGAGUGAUGAAAGGUCAAAAGUAAAAAAAUACAAUCCAAGGGAAGUAAUAAGCUCUAAAAGGGAGAUAAUUUCUAAACCUGCAAAAUGAUAAAUUGAAAUUUUAUUUCAAAGCGGCGCAAUAGUGGGCAUUGUGUUUCUGAUAAACACAUCUCUUGUUUUUUUUUUAUUAAUAAUAAAACCACAUAGAAUACAAUGGUAUUUUUCCAAAAACAAUCCUUACUAUUUAUUAAGUAAAAAUUCAUGCAAAUAUUUGUAAAUUGUGCUAAAACUGAUGCUUAAUUCUAUGAGAUUUCUGACCAAGGAUGGUGGCCCUCAUUCCACUGUUUGAAUGUCUUCUCUUUUUCAUUGUGUAAAUAAAAGUUUGUCUUUAUAAAA